ACUUGGAUUUGCCCGCAGCGCCGCGCAGGUCACGUGAACGCGACUCGGAGCCUGAUUGGCUCCGUCGCAGCGUCGGUUUAAAGAGCCACCCACCCAGCCGCGCUCUGAUUGGUCAGCUGCGUUGAAGCGCCAAGAUUCCAAUAAAAUGAGAAGCAGAGAAGAAGAAGCUCCAGAGUCAGUGAGCCGCCAUCAAGCAGAGAAGAAGAAGCUCCAGAGUCAGUGAGCCGCCAUCAAGCAGAGAAGAAAAGAAGCUCCAGAGUCAGUGAGCCGCCAUCAAGCAGAGAAGAAGCAGCAGAAGAAGCAGCAGAAGAAGCAGCAGCAGAAACGGCUCCAGCUCCAGAAGCUCCAGAUCCAGAAGCUCCAGAAGCUCCAGAAGCUCCUCUUCGUCAAGAUGCUUCGUGCUCGCUCGCCUCUUUCCGUCCGAGCAGAGAAGUCCCUGUGCAGUCAGACCGACAACAUGGCGCUGGACAAAGAGAACACGCCUCCCGGUGUGAACAGCUCCCGCAUCCUGGCGUCGAAAACCGCGCGGAAAAUCUUCUCUGACGCCGCGCCCAAAGCCGUGAAGAAGAAGAGCAGCAGCGAGGAGGCGGAGCCGCUGCUCAAAGACAACCCUAGCCGCUUCGUCAUCUUCCCCAUCCAGUACCACGACAUCUGGCAGAUGUACAAGAAGGCUGAGGCGUCUUUCUGGACCGCAGAGGAGGUGGACCUGUCCAAGGACCUGCAGCACUGGGAGUCUCUGAAGGACGAGGAGAGGUACUUCAUCUCUCACGUGUUGGCGUUCUUCGCCGCCAGCGACGGCAUCGUCAACGAGAACCUGGUGGAGCGCUUUAUGCAGGAGGUGCAGGUGACGGAGGCCCGGUGUUUCUACGGUUUCCAGAUCGCCAUGGAGAACAUCCACUCGGAGAUGUACAGCCUCCUCAUCGACACGUACAUCAAGGAGCCCAAAGAGAGAGAAUACCUGUUCAACGCCAUCGAGACUCUGCCCUGUGUGAAGAAGAAGGCUGACUGGGCACUCAACUGGAUCGGCAACAGCAACGCCGCCUACGGAGAGCGAGUGGUGGCCUUCGCGGCCGUGGAGGGAAUCUUCUUCUCUGGUUCCUUCGCUGCCAUCUUCUGGCUGAAGAAGAGGGCCUGAUGCCCGGCCACGACCUUCUCCAAUGAGCUCAUCAGCAGAGAUGAGGGUCUGCACUGUGACUUCGCCUGUCUGAUGUUCAAACACCUGCUCAACAAGCCGUCCAAAGAAACCGUCACCGACAUCAUCAAGAACGCCGUGGCCAUCGAGCAGGAGUUUCUGACGGAGGCUCUGCCCGUGAAGCUGAUCGGGAUGAACUGUGACCUCAUGAAGCGGUACAUCGAGUUCGUGGCCGACCGACUGAUGCUGGAGCUCGGCUUCGCCAAGAUCUACCGGGUGGAGAACCCCUUCGACUUCAUGGAGAACAUCUCUCUGGAGGGAAAGACCAACUUCUUUGAGAAGCGCGUGGGCGAGUACCAGAGGAUGGGCGUCAUGUCCGGCUCCACGGACAACACCUUCAGACUCGACGCAGACUUCUGAGGCCGGAGGUGCACGGAGCAGCGCUCGGUCACAUGUUCCAGCCGCCGCAGCAGCUCUGCAGCAGGACCAUAGGUUUUCACUCUAAUUCAACAUUAUCCUCUGUCCCAGAGGAGGCUGGCAUUUACCCAGCCCUCCAACUUCCAGCAGGAUAGAGGUGUGUGUGUACAUAUGUGGGUUUUAGUUUGUACAGGACAUUUUAUUAAAUGACGGCAGUUUCUGUAAAUAAAGUCUCUUGUUUUAUCCCCAUUUUUAAAAAGUACAAUGUAAGUAGAUUUCAGUCUGUUUUAUAUGAUCUUUGUCUUGAGCUGUCAAAUGUACAGUUUUAGUUUUUAAUGUAUGGACUUGAUUUUUGUAAUAAAAGUUGUAUCAACAAA